AUGAUUUUAUUCAUAGAUUUUAAUUAAAGAAAAUUAUAUGUAAUAUCAUAUUAAAAAAGAAGUUUGCAUAUUAAUUAUUCUUCAUAUAGCAAAUAGUUAGUGUUAGUAGAAAAGUAAAUAAAUAGUUAUCCAAAAUCACUUAUUUAGUUGAAUUUCAUAAAAAAUAACAGAAAAUUUUAUUUAGGCAUAGAAUAAUUAAAAAUAUAUAUGCUUAAAAGAAAUUCUCAAAGUAGAUCAAGUAUUUUGUAAGCAGAAAUAAGAUCAUUCAAGAAAAAAAUGAUUCUAAAUAAUAUUCAAAAUUAGUUUUUCAAUAUUCUCAAAAUUUUAGCUGAUAAAACUUCUACAUUAGAUAGAUAAGCAAUCAAUUUUGAAUUUAUAUAUAAGCUGCUCUUAGCUUAAGCUCACUCAGAUAAAAUGAGCUCCCUCCAUUUUUAAUCUUGCAACAAUAAGGAUUAAAUUUUCAAGAUAAUCUAAUCAUCAGGGAUGUUAAACAAUCUAAGACUAAUAUUGCAAAUUAAGCUGUAAAUGUCUAAAUUAAAUGUUUUUCUUAACAAAUUGGCUGAAGAAAUUACUCAUUUUAUUGAAAUUUAGCUUUUUAAGAUUGAUUUAGGCUUACCCUUACUCUAUAGCAGAAUAAAUGCCUUUUAAGCUAAGCAUCUGCAUAAUAAAUAAUAUAAAGCAUCAGCAGCAUAACUAUAGCUAUCUCUUACUUGUUGUUAAAACUGUUAUUUCUCACCAUACUAAAAGAAAGAAGAUCAAUACUAAAUAACAUUCUUAAAAAUGAAAAAUAAUCUAAAUCUAUCACAUGAAAUUUUAAAAGAGAAUGUAAAAUUAAACUAUUAAAAUAGUUAUAGUUUUCUUAAAGCAACAAAAUAAGUUAGUAGUAAGGUAGCUUCUAAAACUAAUUAAUAAUUCUCUGUUGAUUAAUAAUAACUAUUUAAUUAAGAUUAUGAUACUAAGUUAAUCAUUCAACAAAAUAAGCAUAUCAUAAAUAAAUUAUCCUAACCAAAACUAAAUAAGUUAAGAAAUGCUCUUUUAAUUGGAUAAAAAGUAAGAAUUAUUAAAAUCUUGUAAAAAAUAAAUAAAAUAUCUAACAAAAACAAAUCAUUAUUGUUUGGAGGUGGUAAAAAUCUAAAAAAUAUUGAUAGCGAUUAAAAAACAAUCUUUAAGAAAAAUAGAAAAAAAAAUAGCUCAUUAACAAAUAACAAAAAGAAAUCAUAAUUGUUUGGAGCUAGUAAAAAUCUAAAUAAUCUCGAUAGUUAUUAAAAAACAAUCCCUAAGAAUAAUAGAAAAAAAAUUAGCUCAUUAAUAAAUACAAAUGUAGAGGUGAACAAAAUUAAAGUUGAAUUUAAUGAAAAUUAAAAUGAACAAAAUUAUUCUAAUACUCAAUAAGCAGAAUAUGAUGAAUUAAAUAAGGGACUAGAAUAAUUUUUUUUAAAUUGGCCCAAGUAUAUAGAAAUAAUCGAUUCAAGUUUGAAAAUGAAAAAAUAAAAAAUUUUAGAUGAAUAAAAGGGAUAAUAGCCUUAAAGCACUACUAUUAUCCCAUAAUCAUCAUAAACAACUUUUCAGUAAUCAGACUUAUAAGGUAUUUACAUUUCUAAAUCAAAAAAAUAUUCCUAAUUUGGAUAAAAAGGUGUUGAGAGAUAUUAAACACUAAAAGAAAUUAUAAAUACCAAAUAGUAAAAUAAAGAAAAUAAAAAGAACUAACUAUUUAAACAAAAAAUAAAUCUUGAUUCUGAUUCUGAGAAAUUUUUAAGAUAAAUAUUUAAAUUAGGCGAUCAUAUCAACAGUGGGGGGGAAGCAGAUAUAUUUACAAAUCAAAAUAAUGACAAUAUAGUAUAUAGAGUAAUUAAAUUAAAUGAAUACAAUGAUUUAAGGAAAUAAGAAUAAGAAUUAUUAAGAUUUUAGGAAUUAUAAUAAUAAAAUAUUUUAAAUAUAGAUAGUUCUCAUCUAAUAGAAGAUAAAGUUAAUCAUACUAAGUAUAUCAUUUACGCUAUUUAAAAAUGUUAAAUGAGUCUCUAUGAUGAAAUAUUAUCAAAGAAAGUUUUUAGUCUUAGAGAAACUUUAAAAUUUAUUUCUACUGCAUUUCAUUUAUUGAUUGUACUUAGAUAAAAGUAUAUUUAUCAUUCAGAUAUUAAACCAGGAAAUAUCCUAAAAAUUGAUGAUAAUAAUUACUAAUUAUCUGAUUUUGGUGCUUCAUAGUAAGUUAAUUUUAUUGAUCCUUUUUGUAAUUUUGAAAUGUAUACACCUGGUUUUAAACCAUAAGAUAGAGUGAAGAAUUUACCUUUUUAUCAUGAUAUAUAUUCUUUUGGUAAAACUAUCCAAAAGCUAUUAAUUUAAUAAUUAGAAAAUCAGACAGAGAUUUAUGAUUGUUUAAAUAAAUUUAUAAAAGAAAUUUGUAAAGAUGAUGAGAAUUCUAUUAAUGUAGAUUGCUUUGAGUUGCCAAAAAAGUUUAUAAAUAAAAUAAUGAAAUUUACUAAUGAUGAAGUUAUUGAGGUAUUUUUAGAGGAAUAUCUAAAAUAGAUAGAGCAAUACUUAGUUAUCAAAAAAGAAAACAAAGUAUUUCAGUAUGAAUCAUAAUAUUAAUAUUCCGAAAUAGCUCUUUUGAUUAUUUCAUAAAUAAGUUAAGUUAACAAUUAGCAGAGUCAGUUAACUUCAAUUAAAAUUAAAGCAUUGAUAACUAAAAGCUAUAUUUUAUGUAAAAGAAAACAAUAUAAAGAAUCUCUCGAAUGUAUUAAUGAAAUUUUUAGAGAAGAUUUUAAAGAUAAUAGUUAAUCAGAAAUCCUAAUAAAAUCAAUUAGAAUUGUAACUAAGAUCUUAAUAAAGCUAAAUAAUAAGACAAAAUUAUCUUAAGAAAAUUAAAAUAAAUUGAUUGAAUUAAUUAAAUUAGUUAAUAUAGGUGAAGAAUUUGAUAAAUUAAAAAUAAAGAUAAUAGAGCUUCUAUUGCUAAAAUCAAAUGAUAUAUAUCCAAUCAUUACAGAUUUUUAUGAUCCUCUAAAAAUACAAGUUAAAAACUAGGAGUCUGAGUUUGAUAUGGUAUUUAGGAUAAUUAUCAAAUUGAUUAGGUAUUUAAGAAAAUAAAAUUGUUAUGACUAAUCUCUUUACAAUUUAAUUUAAUUUAUUCAAAAUGAUAAAACGAAUUAGGAUUCUUAUUACAAAUAAAAAUUACUGAAAGAAAUGGGCUUAUAUCUUUACAAAUUUCUUUUUUAAACAGAUGAAUAGCUAGACAUUAAAUUUUAUUUUAAAUAUGAAAAAGAAAUUAAACUCUUGCCAUAAAUUAUUUUGAAUUGCUUGAAUGACAUUAAGCUAAAAUCAAAUUUAUAAAUUUAAUUUGAUAAAAGUAUUUGGUAAUUAUAUUCAAUAUUUAUAAAGCUAUAAGAAUUAAAUAUUUAUAGCUUUGAUGAAUUCAAGAAUAUUUUAGAUAAUUUAGAAAAAAAAUAUAAAAUUAUAAUGGUUAAAAUAAAAAAAGAUAACUAAUUGCCAUUAUUUAUAGAAUAUGUUUUAUACAACAAGCUUAAUUAUUAUGAAAAGUAUCUUAAAAGAAAUAAUAUAAAAAAUUAUUAGUUUUUUAAUGAAGAAGAAAUUAGCAAAAAAGAAAAACAAAUAAUUGAAUCUAUAUGUCUUAUUGAAAAAACAAUUUUUAUGGAUAACAAAAAAAAUAAAAAUUAAACAAAUAAUGAGAUAUCUUAAAAUAAAAAAGAAACAAUGAGCUUGCUUAAUUUCAUAACAUACUUUGAAAGCAAACAAAUAAGUCUAAAUUAUAUAGGGAGUUUGAAAAAAUUCAAUGAAGAGUUAGAAUCACUUAAUUCUUAGCUCAUUUUUUCUAAAAUAAUAUAUUACGAUCUAAAUAACUAAGAGAAGAUUUUUGAAGAAAUUACGAAUUUGAAUAUUGAAAUAUAAGGUGAAGAUGAAAAUUAAUUUAGCUAUUAAUUUGAUAAGGAUGGAUCUUUAAAUUUAAGAAUAUCUGAGUUUAGUGAUUAUAGCUUAUUAAAUGAUCCAUAUUUUACUUUUCUUACAUCAAAUUUGAGAAAAGUACAAGCUCUCAAAUUCAAAUUCAAAUUAAAAUAAGAAUUAGAAUAAAAAUUUGAAUUCAACUAAGUUAUGCUUAAUUACUUAAAUUCAUUUUCGUCAAAUAAUAUGAUUUCUAAUGAUUUGAGAUAAAUUUAAAAAAGUUCUGAAGAUGAAGAUCAUUAUUAAGAUGGUAUCUUAUAUGAAUAAUUGGAUUUUUAUUUUGAAUGGCUUAAGAAAACUAAAAUUCUAAAUAGCAUCACUAAAUUAACACUUGAUUUUAGUGAAUAACAAUCUGAGUUACGAUACUAAAUAAAUGGAUAUAUAUAAACUAAAUGUUCUGAUUUUAAGAAGAUGUGCCCAAGAAUUAUUGAAUUAAAUGUUAAAUUAGGAUGGAUAUAGAACAAUCUAACAUUUAUUUAUGAUUUUUAUGCUUUAGCUAGUAAAUAAAGAGCACUUACUUCAUUAAAAUUUGAUUUAAAGUUUAAAGAAAAUGAAGAGACUAAAAAUAGUAAAAAAUAUCUUAAAGAAUUGAUUCGGACGAUAGAGGAUUUUGAUUAUUUAGAAAUUAACCCCAAUAAUUUUAUUGAUUAUAGAGUUGAUUAAAAUUAAAUAGAUAGAUUAUUUAAAGACCUUAAUAAUCCUUCCAUUCUUGAAAAAUAAUUUAAAAUGAUUUAUGAUAAUAUUUCAAAUGAUCUAAGUCAAAGGUACCAAAAGUCCAAUCAAAAUUACAAAGAGAGAGAAUAUUUAUUUUAACAAUAAUUUUUGCAUACUUUCAUAGACGAUAAAAUUUUAAAAACAAAGGUUUUAUCUAUUAUAUCUGACAUAACUGAAGAGUAUCUAAAUUAAAGUGAAAAUACUAGUUAAUUAAAUAGUACUUCAAGUUUACUCCAAAAUUUUAAUAUAAAUGAUUUCAGAAGUCCAAAUCAAUUAAAAUAUACUCUACCAGAAAUUUACAUAAAUUGGCAAAAUAUUUAUACUACUAUAGCUCAAAAUAUUGCUCAAUAUUUAUAAACAAAAUAAAAAAGUUAAUUCAAGCUUAAUCUAAUUGUUCAAGGUAGCUAAUUAUUUAGUCAAGAUUACUAUUUUAUAAAUUGUGAUCAAAUCAAUGAAUAUGUUAAAAAUCAUGGUCUUAGCUUGAAGUAAAAUAAAGAGAGUAUUGAAAUGGAAUAAUUAGAUCUUCAUUUAGAUUUCAAUAUUAUAUGUUCAGAGGCAGCUACAGUUAUUAAAAAUAUGUUACAUAAGUUCAAAAUUAAUAUAAAAUUAAAGCAUAGCUUCAAUAUUGAUAAAAUUAAUGGCGAAGGAGCUUAUUAUAUCUCAAGAGCUUUUAAGAAAUGUUAAAACAUUAAACUAAAACUUGAAUUAGACUACAAUGAAAUCUCAGAUAAAGGAGCUUAAGCAAUCGCAAGUGCUAUUGAAAAAUUAAAAAAUACUACUAAUUUAUAUCUUAAUUUGAGAUCGAAUGAAAUAUAAUAUGAAGGAGCUCAAAUCAUUUCAAAUAGUUUGGAAAAAUGCCAAAAUAUAACAAAAUUAUAUCUUAAUUUAAGUGAGAAUUAAAUAUAAUAUGAAGGAGCUCAAAGUAUUUCAAAUAGUCUGGAAAAAUGCCAAAAUAUUACAAAAUUAUAUCUUAAUUUAAGUUGGAAUUAAAUAAAAGAGAAAGGAGCUCAAAGCAUUUCAAAUAGUCUGGAAAAAUGUUAAAAUAUUACUAAAUUAAAUCUUUAUUUAAGCUUUAAUAAUAUUUAAGACAAAGGAGCUCAAAGCAUUUCAAAUAGUCUCUAAAAAUGCCAAAAUAUUACAAAAUUAAAUCUUGAUUUAGGUCAUAAUUAAAUAUAAGACGAAGUAGCUAGAAUGAUUUCAAAUAGUCUGAAAAAUUGCCAAAAUAUUACUAAAUUAUAUCUUAAUUUAAG